AUGCCGUUGGAAAAGAGGCAAAAGGUGAUCCGCAAUCCACAAACGGGCGCUAAUGAGAAUGUGGAUGAAGUGUUUGAAGUCGCUGGUCCUAACGAAGUUUCCUAUGAGCAAGGGCAACCUAAAAACCAUCACUUUCUCUAUUAUGAUUCGGGAGACCUUGUCUUCCAGCAUUCCAAGGUCCUCAGUGAUAUGUUUGAGGUAGGCUCGAAUGAAACAGACGAGAAAGAUGGGACCGUCGAUUCGCCAUUGGUAUUGCAGGACAAAGCCAGGGGCUGGGAACUCAUUUUGA